AGCGGGGAGGAGGGUGGUGGAUAUUUUGUGGAGGCGGGGGCCGGCGCGGCUCCGCCCGGCGAGGCGGGGCCGGUGGCCGCCAUGGCGGAGUGGGGCCGAGGUCAGAGUCCAAGUGCCGUGGAGGAUAUGCUGGAUGUAGAGAACAAGCGUAUGGCAGACAGCCUAGCCAACAAGGUCACCAGGCUGAAGUCGCUGGCUCUGGAUAUUGACAAAGAUGCUGACGAACAAAACCGUUACCUGGAUGGAAUGGAUUCAGAUUUUAUGAGCGUGACUGGCCUGCUAACCGGCAGCGUGAAGCGUUUCUCCACCAUGACACGGUCCGGGAGGGAUAAUCGCAAGUUGCUCUGUUCUGUUUCAGCAGGACUGAUUGUUGUUUUUUUCAUCCUCUACUAUCUUGUGUCCAAAGCAGGGACUUGAGCUUGUUGUUCUGCAAGUUGUACAGAACAAAAACACAACGAUUGACAGACUUGUUCAACACCUUUCUCAGUCUGCCCUGUGGUGGAGUCUUUUGAGAUGUUCCAGACAGACCUUCCAAAUAACUUUUCUUUCCACCAGCUUCUUGUCAUUGUUCUAGCUGGUCUCAGACAUCUCUUUAUAAAAUGAGUAUGUUUGAUUCUAAAUGGAUUUUCAUGUAUAACAUGAUUUUGAUGUUGUCAAAUGCUUAUGCCUUUAUCUCUUGCCUUGUUGUCCACGUCUUGCGGCCUAUUUUUACAGGCUGCUUUUGUGUUACCUCCCUUACUGAUAUUUGGUACUAGGCUUGUGAGGAGAUGUGGCUGACAAAUCCAGACACUUGUCGAUACUCAAAAGUUUAAUAAACCAGCUGAGCUUUGGAAGCUGUGGAGUUUAGGAUGCUGAUUUAUGAGAUUUGGAAGUAUGAAUGCGUGACUUACAUUCCAGUGUGGCACCUCAGCUGAUACCUGGUCUCAGCUUCCCCUUGACUUGGAGACCUGUUAAUAUCCUUGGUGUCCCUGGGUUGAAAUUAAAUCUGUACUGCUUUGAAAUGAAAUUAGCAGUAGAUCUGGACCCUGAUACUCUCUAAUUGUUGCAGUGAAGAGUUGCAGAGGAACAAGACUUUAUUGAAAUGCUAGCUUGGUCUUCUUUAUCAUCCUUCUGGAUAAAGCUGGGAUGAACCCUGCAAGAAAGGGGGGCCAAAGUCCAUAAGCCACCUUGAUUUACACAUGUGUAGUAUCUCCCAGUACCUUCCCACACAGUUGCAAAUGCAUUCCCUUAGACUAUUAAAUCAGUGUGAAGAAAAUCUGAUAGCAAAAGGUCCAGUUAAUUUCCGUUAUUAUGGUACCCUGGUACUAGAGCGCUUUGGGAAGAUGUGCAAAUAAAAGCAGAGGUUGAAGUCAAGUGAGACUCCUAAACGGUGCUGUUGGGGUGGUGGUGGGAGGUCAAGGAAGGAUUUGAUCGGAGGGUUGAUUUGUUUGUUUAUUUAUUCAUGUAGAAGGUAACCUAAGAAACUCUCGCUUUGCCUUUCGUAGUGCUUUGGGGAUCCCUGCCUGCAGGCUCCUGUGAGAUGUGUGGCAAGGCACAUCCCUACCAGUUUUGUUCAUAAAACAGUUGUUCCCGAUGAACAUGCAAUGCAUGCCAGAUUUCCUCUCCUGAGGUGGUGCACGCAGCUCUGGGAGUGCAGUAGCUGGGAACUCCAUCUUCCCUUCACCCUCUUUGCCUGUCGUUGGGCUGAUUGUUGGGCUGCUCGCUCGCGUCACGACCCCAGCUGUAUUCUUCCAUAGCUGAAUUAUUUAAGUCUGCCUAUGAUGGAAGUAAGAGAUCUGUAACUUUAAAAAUACUGUGCCUGUUGGGAGAAAGAAAAAAAAAUCUAAAAAAAAAAUCUAAAACAAUUUUUCUCUUCAGACAAACCUCCACUGCCUGUUGUAUAAACCUUUCACUUUCCAAAGCAGCUGAGCAGAGCUACUGUGUUUCAUCUUGUCUGUUUUCUGUACCAGUUGCUCAUGUGUUCUGGUUUUCCUUGUUAGAAGUCUUUGCUUACUUGCUUCUCUUAUUUUCCUGUAACAACCACCUCUCCAGGACCAAAGCAUUCCUCCUCUGAUUUUACAGUCUUUCUCCUCUCCAGCAAGCCUAUAUUCAUCAACGGCUGGAUGUUUCCUUUGGCCUUCCCCUUGUACCCAUUAGGAAUUCCUUUGUCCUUGGACUAACCUGGGUCCAGAUCUGUAAAUGGACUGUGUUGCCCUUUGUUCCAGCUGUACCAAAAUGCUAACGAAAUACUACCCUAACUGGAUUAGGUGUCUUUUCUACAUUUGGGGAAAAAUGUGCAGGGAAAGCAAGUAGAAAGGAGGCAGCAAUGACUUUCUCUGGUUCUUUUUCCUGCUUCUCUGGUAAGAUGUGGCAGCUCUGAACUCUUUCCAUUUGGAAGAAUGAUGGGUGAAUUGAUGGACUUUGUUUUGAUUUUCUGAAGCAGAUAACUUCUGGUGAAAGGCCACUGGAACAGCCUGGUCCUCAUAAUGGUGGUGAUUUGGGUUUGUUUUUACUGUUGUAAAUAAAGCUCUGGUUUUCGAA